GCUCCUGCUAGUUUUCUACCGGCCCUCCUGACGACUAAGUAGUUUAUUUUUUAAAAUAUUUUCAUCAAUCACUAAAAAACAGUUUUUAACAAGCGUAUGCGUGUAGUGUGGAUCCUUUUCUGGAGGGAAAUUCAAAAUAUCUUCUGUAAUACAUGGGACGCUAAAAAUGUAAAGCUAUGAUUUCGUACGUACAUGUUUCAUGUUAUCGUGUACUUUGGAUGUCGUUAUUCAUCAAUUAAUAACAGUGUUUUUGCUGCCACACGUCAAUUUCUGUAAUACUUGUUUUUGUGACGUCUUUUUUUAUCCCAGUUAGUUAGUUGUUUGAGGGAGUUGUUGUUCACUACCUUUGUGAAUGUUAAGUCAACUUGGCGUGGCUAUUUGUAAUAAUGUAAACUCAAGCAAGUGAAACCCACUGUUUAUCUAGUCAGAGAUAGACCAAAGUCAGAUGUUUCAGCAAAAAUGAGCCCUAAAAAUUUUAACAUUUGAUUCACCAUCCUAAAGAAUGUUGGUGAACAUGGAUUUCUGGUAGUUGUUUAAAAAAUUCAGGUUGGUGCGAUUCCGCGUUAACCUGUUUUUGGACAUUAUAUGGUAAUAGAUGGUAACUGAACUGUUUUUAGUGAAUACGAAUUUAUGAUGUAUCUGUUAUAGGGCUAAUGUAUGAAUUUCUGUAAAUAGAAUUCACAAUAAUUGAAAAAAUUCGAAACAAAGGAUUAACACAUAUAUAUGAGUAAUAUAUUAAAGAUGCCACAGGUAUUUCUUGUUUGACAGCACUUAAACCAGUAACACCCUCUGUGAUUGAAUCAUGUCUGCUCACUGAAACCAAAAGUCAGAAGCGAGGAAGUUCGAAGAUAAAUUUGAUAGGCUAUCAAUAUACCGAGAAACGACUGAUCUCAACUGGCUGGCGAUUACAGAAGAAGUUGAGCACUGCGUUCCCACUCGUGAUCUGGUGCGGGUGCAUGACCGGGCGCCUUCCGCUAGUCGAGUUCAUUAAAGCUAAUGUGGUCAGCAUCCAAUGUCGAAGACUUACAGAGCUAUUGAUUUUGUGGACUUACCGCCACAAUCUAGAUAGUGCUUCCCAACUACGUCAUAAUUGUAUGUGAACAGUGAAUUGUUACGUUACGAAACAGCAAUGUCUCGCUGACGUCAAAGGUUCAAAAAUAACUGAAAGUUUGAAGAAUUUUAAGUAUAACAUACAAAAAAUGAUAGCAAAUCACAUGUUAAAGUUUGUUUUUAUCAGUCACUGUGUUAUUUCCUCAGUGCAGUCUGUGGCCUAUAUUCCGGAGGGAGUGUUAAUUCUCGACCUAAUUAUGCGGUGCUUGUUAUGUUUGAGUGCUUUGUUUGUGAUUGUUGUUGGUGAUCCUGGUUACAAAAAGUGGUCAAAUCUCGAACCUUCAUUAUCUUUAGGUAGACUUCUCGAGCAACAGGUAAUUGAAGGUGGUGUGUCUAGCUCUGUAAAUGUUGAUUUGCUUGCUGACAUUAUAUCAGCUUGGAAAUUUUUCAAAAUUCACUUUAAACGAGUUUAUGAUAGCAUUCAUGAAGAAACAAGGCGAUUCUUUAUAUUCGGGGCUAAUUUCGUCAAGAUGGUGGAGCACAACCACGCCUAUCAAGAAGGCAAAGUGACGUACAAAAUGGGUGUCAAUGAAUUCACUGAUAAAACUGACUAUGAACUUAAGAAGUUGCGUGGAUAUAAAGUUACUGGUGGUGCUAUGAAACAUAAAGGAUCAACGUUUAUUAGAUCAGAACAUACUAAACUCCCGGGCAGCGUUGACUGGCGAAGAGAAGGGGCAGUAACCGAUGUAAAAAAUCAAGGUCAAUGUGGUUCAUGUUGGGCAUUCUCUACAACGGGAGCUAUAGAAGGUCAACACUAUCGUAAAACCAACCAUUUAGUUAAUUUGUCUGAGCAGCAAUUGGUUGAUUGUAGCAAGAGUUACAGAAAUAAUGGUUGUUCUGGUGGUCUCAUGAACUCAGCGUUCGAAUAUGUUCGCGACAAUGAGGGCAUUGAUUCUGAAAUUUCCUAUCCAUAUAUAUCUGGUAAUGGAACGGAAAAUAUGAUAUGUUUAUUUAACGCUUCAAACAUUGUGGCUCAGGUUUCAGGCUAUGUAAGCAUACACGAAGGUGACGAGCGUGCAUUAAUGGAUGCUGUGGCGACAAAAGGUCCUGUUUCAGUUGCCAUUAAUGCUGGUCUUCCCAGUUUUUCUAUGUACAAAUCAGGUGUCUAUUCAGAUAUUGGUUGUGAAGGUACGUUAGAUGCCCUUGAUCAUGGGGUUCUGGUGGUGGGUUAUGGAAAAGAAAAUGGUCAUUCAUACUGGCUUAUAAAGAAUAGUUGGGGUGAAGAUUGGGGUGAAAACGGUUACAUCAAAAUCUUAAAGGAUUCUCAUAAUAUGUGUGGUGUCGCCAGUGCAGCUUCAUACCCUCUGGUAUAAAAUAUUUGCUUGCAGAUAUUAAGAUUUUAAGACAGUAAUCCAAUCUCGAUUUUUUGAUUUUUAUACAGAACUAAUUUGAUGUACAUAAUCCUAUAUUUCGUUGAUAAUUUAUUUGUAUUCCCUCUUUUAUAACUUGUUUGUAAUCAGUGUGAUUUUCUCCACUCAUACUUUGCCUUUUUUCAUCAUCGGGUAGUAUGCGAUUGAUCGUUGUCCUCUUAAAUAAUUACAGCUACGAAUUAAAAGGUAUAGGACCUCAGUGAGGAAAGUGGAAACUUUAUUUUAGUUGUUAUUCUUGACUCUCAAAUGUCACAUAACCUGUAGGCAUUUUAAAUUAGUAGUAUUCUAGAUGGUAAGACUUCUACCAUAGUUGCUACAUUAAGGUGAUAAUCGUACUUUGUUAUGAUUAACCUCCACACCUGUUCCUGACGAUUUCUCCAUGUCAGACAGGCUGAUUAAGACAUGUUUCGACUGAAGGAAACAUUGGUGAGACUAUAAUCUAUGGACGACCUUUGAGCGACACUAAACUGACCUUCAGAGUGUCCACCCACUAACUAGGACUGUUUAUUAACCAGUGUGAGGGAUUAGAAUUAUGGUUUACAGUCGUUGGUUAGAGUUAGGAAUUAGAUUUAGGGUUUUCAUCACGAAUCGACACCAGCUAGAACGAUAAGACGAAUUAAUGGAUAUCACGCCAAAAUCCAAAGCCUGUUAUCCUAAAUGUGAUUGUUUCGUCCAUAAAUUAUAGUCUCACCGAAACAUUUUUAGAUCAAAAUGCGAUGUCUUACCAACUGUUGGGAACUUACUGUAGCGGGAGAAUGUUUCAUAUGGUUAGUCUGUGUCUUAGGCGAUAUUAUUGUAGCAUAUCUCCCGUCACACGCCUACGUGGCUUGUUCGAGCCUCUGGAUGAGCAUAUUGUUUGUCAUCUCCCCGCUUUACUUAUCGCGUAUUUAGCUUUGCCAUUGACUCGUGUGACUUUGGGUAUGCUUUGUACAUGUGCGUAUGCUAGCAUGUAUUUCCGUAUACUUUUAUCUCUUUCAUGCCUAUAAAGACUGAGUCACCUGUUACUCACUGAGUUGAUUGUUUUUGUCUCACAUGCAUUUCUUUUCAUCUCUUAUCGUUUGCCUACAUUAUCGAAUGUCAGGAAUAUAUGCCUCUCAACCGCGUUCGUAUUGGCUUUUUAAAUUUAUCUUUUUAUUAAUGCGACAGUUUAUAUAUAAAGUAAGUGGGAUAUAUAUUUCGUGAACAUCAAUAUCACUCUAUCAUACUAGAGUUAUACUGCGGGUAUUAAACUGCUUGCAAAUGCAAGAAGUUAGCAGUAAUAAAUUACAAAAUUAAUACCCCAUUGGCCUCGUCAUUGUCCAGUGCAAACCGAAAGGUUGAAGAAACCUCAAACAGGAAUAGAGGUCAUGUUUCGGUGUCUUUAAACAGUUAUGGACUGGAUCCAUGUUCUUAAGUCGACGAAGCCUGUGUUAACUCGGGUUACUGAGUGUUAGCUUUUUUGGUGAGGUGAACGGUUGUGAAACAACUGACUGUAUGACAAACUACCCUGUCUACCAUCAGUUCUACCUCUUUUCCAGAUCUAUUUCACCUUAAUCGUACAGCUAGUAUCAACAAUCAGAACGUAAUAAAUUCCUUUCCUUAUCUACAAUCAUCAUUCAAAAUGCAUGUUGAAGCUUUAAUUGUUUAAAUCCAUCAAAAUGGUGGAUAUUAGAAAUAAAAAAGGGUUAUAAUGGACGUAGUCCAACUUCUGUGUAAUUGGGUCCUUAGAUUUAGUAAUUGCAGCAGGUGACUUUAACGCUUGAGCAAGUAGGGUAAAAUAAGCAGAAAGACAAAUCCCUGUAUCUCUUUAAAAUCUAUUCUGACCAAACAGAUAAAGGUGCAUUGUCAACCGUUUAUUCUUACAAACUUUCAAAAUGUAACGCGUAGAAGGCAUUGACACGAAUAUCGAUUAGCUAAGAUGGACGACCAUUUAGGGAAGUCAGUAAAAAGGUGCCACAUAUUUUGGUCAGUCACCAAUCAUCCAUAAGUAAAUGGACUAUCGGAAAACGAAGGAGAUAUCAUCCACUCGGUGUUGCUACAUUGAUGUGGUGGUCGGCUUGCCUGUCGUAAUGAACCAAUCGAACGAUACCGCCUGGAACAUCCGUUUCUCAGGGACCUACCAUACCAGACAGGUCGGUUGAAGAGCGGGAAGACUGAAAGCAGCGAACCCGAGGUCCAGAAUCGAAGUCGUACUGCUGACUUUACAGAGUUGUGACGGCGGUAAGGUGUUUCCUACAUACAACCAGCGUAACAGCGAUGCUGCCUCCUCACAAGGACGGGUAGGGUUAGAAAAUAUCGACCUUAAAUAUGUGCACCGCACCCUAAUUCACGGACCUCCAUCUCUAGCGGUAAGGUCUCAACAAGUACGGAGCUAACACGGAAAUUAUUCACAAAAAGGUCGUAUGUGACUGGUGUGGGCAACCGGGAAGUGAAAACCGCCCUCAUACCUCUAACAACACUCAAGAGUAUUGAGAAAUAUGGUUAACAGUUGUAUUACACGUAUACUGUUCAAAAGCUUUACACGGUCCUGACUGAAAUCUGGCUUGGAGUGAGCCGUUCUCAAUGCGUUAUCUACAUAAACGCUCAUCAGAAGUGUCAUAAAUUUUCCGAUGGUUAGAGACCCUGAAUGACAUGACUCAAAAUCGUUUGCAAUGGCGCAGGUGCAUCCACUCUUUGUGUUCUCCCAAAUUCUAGUCUUCUGUAUUCUUUGUGUCCCUUUUCUUUUCCUCUUUCCAAAUUUAUUUCACUGUAUUAUACUCCUUGAAUAACAUCUUCAAGCCCUAAUGUUUCCGAUUACUGCCUAUACUCUUACCACCUCUACCACUGUGGUAUGGCAACUCAAAAUGAUGUACGUACGUACGAAGUUCUACGUUGUUACUGACUGACUGGCGUCAUAAACUUAGUUCAUUGUUCCAUCUCUUCAUUGAUCUGUGCCGUCAGUAAGAGCCACGAACCACUCCACAGUCGCCUUUGUGGUUUCUUUAUGAGUGUUUAUCUGUUUAUAAAACUAAUUAAUGUAAUUAGUACCGAGAUAGAAAAUAAAUACAGUCAGAGAAAGAAGCUAAAUCAAACAUACAGUGGUGGAAUAUGUAAUGAAUCAAAUGAUUUGGGAUACAAUUUGUACUUCAAAGUAAGUUAUGACCAUCAUUUGGUGCCUGGAUAUAGAUGUACCACGGAAUUUAUACUUAUGGUAGUAGGGGAUUUGUAUGCAGUGUGACAAGUGUUCUGUUUAGCUGCAUUCAUACUAGCUGCCCAGUACUAAAUAGUUAACAAUAGUUAUCUAGAUAAAGUCGGUCCUUGUUAUAAAACUACGAUUAGUAAAUUGUUUCGGGAACACCCAUGAAUACACACUCUUCGGUCAACUGACAUAAUCGACUAAUUAACACGAGAUUAUAAUUUGUCACAAUAUCCAUACUCUGUUUUGAUAAUAAUAUUCGUUAGUUAGCUGCGUAAUCAUUUGUCAACUUGCAUAAAUCUAUAGAUUAUUUGUGUAUUCAGAUUUAAAGAAUAGUUUCCAGUUUAUAUAGGACUCAUGCACAAACAUACAUUUAAAGACUACGGCAUUUUUCAUAGAUUUAAGCUUCAAGACGAAAACAACUAAUGUUUAGUGGUUGUUUUUUAUUCUGAUAUAAUUUUUCACAAAAAUAACCCGACUAUUUACAUGUCCAGUGCAUAUAAUAAGAACGCUAAACAUUUAUAUUCAUUAUCAUGCAUUUUUGAUUGAAAUCAUGUAUAAACAGUUUAAAUCAGUCUGGUUAUCAGGUCAUGCAAACGAUGCGAUUAUGAUUUAUUUGUAUGAUCGAAAAUGCUUUUUUAAACAUUAAUUUAAACAAAAGUCAGAAUAAGGAUUUGUUGAGACUGUAGUAGUUUUAAUAGUUAAAUCUAAACCAGACCACUACUUAGAACCUGAAAUCACUGGACGACCGCCUCGUCCUAGCAUGGAGCUCUUCAGCAGUGUGCAUCCAUGAUCCCUAACGUGGGACUCAGGACCUUCGGUUUCGCGCGCGAACGCCAAACCCCUGGACAACUGAGCCAGCAUCCAACGGUGCUAAUGUCUAACUUCGAUCGGUCCAUGAUCUUAAGCAACUCUUCAUCCGUUUUCUUCGGUGGGUAACCGUCUCCGUCCGACACGGAUUGGACUUUAUUGGUCGUUAGAUUCUCACUAGAACUCAAGGAAAUCCAUCUUGAAGCCAGUCACUAGUGAACACAUUAUUGUUGUUGUUAUUAUCAGAAUGGGAAUUUGGAGAUUGUUGUAAUUUUCAAUGGUGUUCUAGCUUGGGUCGAAUUAUGAAUUCAGGUAUUAAACAAAAAUUGCCUGAAAUUGUUGUUACAGAACUGAUAUAAACUAAAGAAUCAUUUGGAACUGUCAUCAUGUGCUCACUAGUGACUGGCUAUAAAAUAUUUUUCAUGAAGUUUAUAUAGAAAACUAACUUCUGUGGUCUUAAGUAAUAAGGGACAUUUCACUAAUGACCUCAGAUAAUUGUUCCACAAUAUUGUUUAUUCUCUGAAUUAGUAAGUAUGGACUAUUAAAUGUAUUAUGUUUGUAGGAAAAUACGUUACAACAUACUACUAUUUCAUCAGUUAUAGCUUGGUUAUCAAGUGCACGCGCUUUAUAAAGUCUUUAAUUUUAUUUAAGAAGAUAUAGAGGUAAUAAUGGAAAAUAAUCGUCCUAAGCUUACAUCAAGAGCUCAUCUUUGUUAGAUAACCAUAAAAAAGCAUGAGGCACUAGACAGCUAUUUUGUUGCCGUAUAGAACUCCUCAGGACUGAACAUCUGCGGUUCCACCAGACGUUAAACCUAUUGCCUUUAGCUUCCGUCUACUUCAUGAUUUCACACCAGUGAAAAUCAUAUUCAAGUAACCACUAGACCAUAUAAAUCAGUAAUAGUAGUAUGUUUAUGAGUGACUGUCAGCCUUCAGAUAGAUAUUUAAAAUUUUUGAUGGGAACCGGGUAUCUGUGACGUUAAAGUAGUUAAAAGUGAGUUUGCUACUCGGGGACACUGGAUGAAUUCAGCUUUAGGUUACAAAUUGAGUGAGAAUGGAAAAUGUGUCGUAAUCUUAUUCACUCAUACUCGAUGGGUGAGUAGGAAUCCUUGAGUUAGAUUAUGUGCUCAUUUGCGGGAAUCUUUUGUUAAAAGCAUAACCAGACAAUUGUUCAGUGCUCUUAGAUUUACAAAGGUUUUUUAGCGUAUGUCAAUUUGUGAAUAAAAUUAUGCUGAGUGUGGGGAGAAAUAUUUCUUUUCAGUUAGCUCCACAUAAUGGAUCAAUACUGCUGUGUAACUUACAUUUAGAUUAAAUGUCAAUACCAGUUAAUUAGUGAUUACAGAAAUGCCAUAGUCUCAAUAAAACUGAAUAAAAAAUAUGGUCAUUCAUUUUGCUAUCAAGACUGUACAAAGAUAAAGGUGCUAGAAAUGAGGUAUACUUUUGCAUUUAAGAAUGAGAAAAUUACAUAGGAAUACAGAUUGAAAGAUACAGGACAUCAAUUAAAUGAGGAUACAGGAUUCAAAUUAACAUCGAAUCCUAUCCAGUUUGUCCUAUGCUUACAUAUUUUGUCUAUUACAUACAUUUGCAGUCAUACAAACCUAACUAGAUCUAAACACUUCAUCCAGAAAAAGUUUGUACAAUCCUCUUCUGAGUCCUGGCUAUCACACUAAUUCCAAGCACUGCCUUUUUCAAACCUUUACUGAUAUGCAAUUACCUUUAAUAAUUAACAUAUUAGUAAUUUCAAAGUUGGACUCACACAUUUUUCAACCUUAUUCUUGUGUGAUCAACUCGAGUAACGAACCGAUCUGCAAUCCUAAUUUUACAUUUUCUCUAUCUUGACUCUUAUGCAACCAUAAAAAAGCAGUUGGCUGUUUCUUAAUCCUGAAUUUAUACUCGUUACCAGUAUUCGCUGUGACGAACCACUUAUAUAAUCCAAUAAUACGCUUUGUGUGCUUUAUUAGUUUAGGCAAUCGAAUCUUAACCCUAAUGGUUUACAUUCCAUUCUGUCAGUCCAAGCAGCUGACUAUUGUUAAGUUAUCACAUUUAAAGGAGGACUGUCAUUUAUAUCAAAGUCUUCUGAUGAUAUCAAUUCUCAAUAUUUAUACUUUUUCUAGACUUCAUUUUGAAGGUCUCUUUGAACUACUGUUUUCUUUUACUACUGCUUUUAUCUCUAUUCUGCU